GGCCUCUCGCGUGUCUCGCGAGCCUGCGCAGGCGCGCCAGUUCAAGGAACGAUCGGCGCCGCCGAGAGGGAGAAGGACAGUGGUCCGGAUUGCCUCCGCUCUUGCCCCCUCCGCUGAGCCAUCAUGAAGCAACAGCAGCAGCCGGUCAUGUCGGCGGCCAGCACUGGCGCCGCUGCUGCCGCCGUCGCCGCAACGGCAGUCCCGGCCUUUCUAAGUAAACUUUGGGCUCUAGUGGGCGACGCGCCCAGCAACCAGCUCAUCACUUGGAGCCAGAAUGGCCAGAGUUUUCUCGUAUUGGAUGAACAAAGGUUUGCCAAAGAGAUUCUUCCAAAGUACUUCAAGCACAACAAUAUGGCAAGCUUUGUGAGACAGCUAAAUAUGUAUGGUUUCCGUAAAGUGGUCCAUGUGGAUUCCGGUAUUGUUAAAUUGGAAAGAGAUGGACCUGUUGAGUUCCAACAUCCCUAUUUCAAACAAGGACGAGAAGACUUACUGGAACAUAUUAAAAGGAAGGUUUCUUCCUCAAAGCCUGAAGAAAAUAAAAUUCGCCAAGAAGAUCUGUCUAAAAUUAUAAACAGUGCUCAGAAGGUUCAAAUUAAACAAGAAACCAUAGAAUCUAGGCUUUCUGCACUUAAGAGAGAAAAUGAAUCUCUUUGGCGAGAGGUAGCAGAAUUGAGAGCAAAACAUCUACAGCAGCAGCAAGUUAUUCGAAAGAUUGUGCAGUUCAUUGUUACUCUCGUUCAGAAUAAUCAGCUUGUGAGUCUGAAACGCAAACGCCCACUGCUUCUGAAUACUAAUGUGGCUCCAAAGUCUAACUUAUUUCAGCAGAUAGUCAAAGACUCAUCAGAAAACAAACAUCAUCUUGUAAAUGGACAGGUUUCACAUAACAGGAGUGAUGGUUUAAAGCAAAGAGACCAACUGACAGAUGACAUUAUUAUUUAUGAUAUCACUGAUGAUAGUGGGGAUGAAGAAAAGGCACCUGUUACUCCGGAAACCAGUGAAGAUACUGUUUCAGAUUCAAACUAUAGUCCUGACAUUGUAAUUGUAGAAGAUGAUAAUGAGGAUGAAUAUACACCUAUAAUUCAAGAAAAUACAAAUGCUGAACCAGUUGGUAUUUCCUGUGAUGAAUCAAUGAGUCCUUCCUCUGAUGGUGCAAACCCAUUAAUGUCUAGUGCUGUUCAGUUAAACAACCAAUCGACUUUAACAACAGAAGAUCCAGUGUCAAUGAUGGAUUCUAUUCUUAGUGAAAAUGGAGUGAUCUCACAAAAUAUCAAUCUUCUUGGAAAGAUGGAACUCCUGGAUUACCUUGAAAGCAUUGAUUGCAGUUUAGAGGACUUUCAGGCCAUGCUUUCAGGACGGCAGUUCAGCAUAGAUCCAGAUCUUCUGGUGGAUCUUUUUUCGAGUUCCGUACAGAUGAACCCUACAAGUCAUAUCAGUAGUACAAAAGUGGAAACAAAGGGAAUUGAAACGAUGAAAAGUAAUAGUCCACAAGAAGACUCACAAAAUGUGCCUAAUUCAAACCCUAAAACAGAUAAACAGCUCAUUCAAUAUACUGCUUUCCCUCUCCUUGCAUUGUUUGAUGGAAACCCAAGCACAGCAACAGAGAAUACACAAGAAACCACAUCUUCUGUAGAUAAAUCUAUAGAAGUGGAUGAACUCCUUGAAAGUAGUCUGGAUCCUCAACCAACCCAAAGUAAACUUGUUCGUCUGGAACCUCUGACAGAAGCAGAAGCCAGUGAAGCUACAUUAUUUUAUUUGUGUGAACUUGCUCCUGUGCCAAUGGACACUGAUAUGCCAUUGUUGAACAAUUAACCCAAUAUGUUUAAGACAAACUAUUUAUUUAGGUUGUGUUUUGGGGGGGAUGUUUAUCUUUUGUAAACAUUUUUUGUGAAAGCAGCUAAUGGGGACUUGAAAAGAUUCUAUUGCUUCGACAAAAUCAGAGCAGUUUAAAUAUUUACACAAACCAUCAACAGUUCACUCACACUAGUUUCAUUAUAUUCUAGUGUCGUUGUACUUUGAAGUACCAGCUAACUUCUGAAUACACAUAAUCAGUUGCUCUGUAUUAACCACUGUGGUAUCUCUUGUUCAUUUUUGGUCCUAAAUGUAUGACUGAUACAUUUUUUUUUUAACUUUUUGAUGGAGGUCAUAGAUUUCCAAGUUCUAUUCAUUACUUCUUUAUUUUUACAACCUUGUUUAAAUAAAACUGUUAGGAGGACCAGAACUUUAUUUAAUGUGUCACUUAACUUCAAGUCUUUUAUUUAAACGCUACAUAUUUUUAGGGACGUUAGAAUACAGAGGAAAGAGAUUGUGGAAGGAGACUGUCUGGCUCCCAGACUGAGGUUAAUCUUUUCCACAGAAAGGAGUUCUGCAUGAAGAUACUUCUGGUUGUGGGAUAGAGGGAUCAAUCUAGUCUAUAAAAUUAAUUAGAUUUUAAUCUCAGUUAUACAAAUAUCUGUGUCCUAAUAAGUAAAAGCCAAUUCUUAUGGAUCAUCUUCCCGUUUCAUAAAAACCUUGCUGCUGGAAAGUUGGAAAAAUGUUUCCAGGUGUGUCGCCGAAAACAAUGUUUAUCUAAACAUCUAUUUACAAAUGCCAGACCACACAGUAGCUUCAGUUUAUGUGUAUUUAAAUAACUUUAAAGAAGUGGAGAUACAUAUCUAUGAAAUAUAUGUGUAUAAAGGACAAUUGAGUGGAUAUCAUACCAAUUUCCCCAAAAUAAGACCUAUCCCCCCCAAAACAAAAGUGCUACCAUGUUUUUGCGCGGGCACCCAAUAUAAGCCCUACUUAAGCGCCUGCGCAACCAGCUGCCCACCCAUUCUGUCUGGUUGCUUAUGCUGCAAGUCAGGGAGGUGGAGCUGCUCCACAAGCCCCAUACUGGCUUACCUCAGGGCCCCAACAACCAUGCCUUGACACUCCAGCAGCCCCAUCCUCAGGUGGCUGUGCUUGUGUGGCCACAACAGAGCAGGAGGCUGAACAAUGUGCUGGUGCCACAGCUGUAAAGUGAGGCAGGUGUCGGGGCAUGGAUUACCUGGUUGAGGGGCCUUGAGCUAAACCGAUAGAGAGCUCUAUCCUUGUGGCCUCAGUACAUUGCUUUGCCUCCUCCAUUGCGGCUGCAUGAGCAAGUAGAAGAAGUGGGCCUCCCAGGUACCGGUACUCUUAAAAG